AUGGACCAGGACCAGGAACAGGGCAAGGACACCAUCCUGACCUCUGACGAGGUGGCUUCGGCCAGAAGUCCCUCGGCUGAGGACAAGCCCACUGCGCCCGAUCAUUUCGACGAUCAAUACCGCACCACCCAGAAAGAAAUCUGGGCCUACUAUUCCUACUACAUCGGCAACAACGGCCUGUCGCUAUUCAACUUUGCGCCCACAGCCUUCCAAAACCUGUUGUAUCAGGCCGCUCCGACCAGCGGGCUACUGUCCUUUGCGGGAGAACUGCGCAGCAUAAACAGCAUUGUCCUGCUUAGCAAUGGAAUCUCCUUUGCCAUCCAGAUCGUCGUGUUCGUUACGAUCGGUAGUUUCGCCGACUUCGGCUAUUGGCGCCCUAAUAUCCUGAUCAUCCUGUCUCUCUUCGCCUACGGGAUCGGUUUCGGCUGGCUGGGUGUGCACACCGCGGACCAGUGGCAUAUCGGCGUGGGAUUGUAUAUUGUGGGUUUAAUCGCCUAUCAGACGUGUCUAACCUUCUGGACCGCCGCGUUCCCGGGUCUGGCGCGCAACACCGCCCAUAUGAAGGAAGUGGCCAACCAAUAUGUGUCGGGCCAAAUCACUCGCGACCAGUACGAUUAUGCCGAUACGAUGAUGCGAAGCAAAUUGUCCAACGUUGCAUUUGUCGUUCAAUCGGUUACUGAGAUUGUUAUUCUGGCCAUCAUUGUGGGGAUCAUGUUCGGACUCGACGUGGAUGCUAGCCAGGCCAACAACAAUUGGGGUCUCAGUGUGCUCAUCGCCUUCGUCUCGGGCGUGUGGCUGUUGGUUUCUUUGCCGUGGUUCUUCAUGGAGAAACGCCGGCCCGGCCAAGACCCGGGCAAGCGGUCGAUUCUUGUUGCGGGCAUUUGGCAGCUCUGGCACGCAGUUCGACAGAUCUGGCAUUUGAAACAAAGCCUGAUAUAUCUGAUUGGGUAUUUCUUGCUGGGAGAUUCCCUCAACACAACUGUGACCGUCAUCUCGACCUUACAGAACAGCAUCGUCGCCUACAACACCCUGAAGCUGACAUACCUUCUGAUCGUCGGUAUUGCCGCGCAGGCUGUCGGCAUCUAUUCAUUUUGGUGGAUCCAACAGCGUUUCAAGCUGGGCACCAAAGCCAUGUUCAACGCGAUUGCCUUUGGAAUCAUCCUGCUUGAUGGCUGGGGCAUGAUCGGAAUCUGGACGGACAAAUUCGGGUUCCACAAUGUCUGGGAGGUUUGGGUCUACCAAACAUUCUACGGGCUGUUUAUUUGUCCGUGGUACAGUUACUCGCAGAUUAUGAUCUCCGAAGUCACUCCGCGCGGUCAUGAGUUCCUCUUCUUCAGUCUCUUCAGCAUUAUCGGCAAGACCUCCUCUUUCAUCGGACCAAUUGUCUCAAGCGCUAUCAUUGAUGCAUCGCCAACCCACAACCCCUCGACCCCGUUCUACUUCCUUUUCGCGCUCAGCGUGUUUAGUUUCAUCGUCCUUGUCUUCUUCGUGGACCUCAAGCAGAGUCGCAUUGAGCAAGAGACGUUCUUGCAGGAUAAAUUGCGGAAACUGGAAGGCAGUGACAUGUCUUCUGAAGGAGAGACGUCUUCAACAGUUUGA